AUGGAGAUCAGCUCGUUUCUGACGUCCUUCGGUUCGUACUUGGCCAUCUUCGUGGUGCUGAUGCUGCUGUUCAUUUGGCUGUCGGGGAGGCCAGGAAAUGAGGUCGUGUACUACCCCUCCCGGGUGGUCAAGGGGUUGGACCCCCAUGAAGGCCGGCCGAAGACCUUUAACCCCUUUUCAUGGAUCCGGGAGGCGGUGGGGGCGUCCGAGGACGAGGUCAUAGCCAUGGCCGGCGUCGACGCCGCCGUCUACCUCGUCUUCCUCGGCACUGGUAAUGGAAGUCCAACCAACUACUGCAACAUUUCGCCUUUCUCUCUGUUUCCUUUCGCUUUAUUUCGAUUUUUUUGCCAAAAUUUAGCUCCUGCUCGUGGGAAUUCUCUGAAUAUUCAAAUUCUCCGCCACUACGCUCGAGGGAUUUCUCUGUGACUAAGUUUCGGUACAAUUCCUUGGUGGUUGCGUCGAAGCGUGAUAGUCUUUCUUCUUUUGUUGUGGUCGUGCUUGAAUUGCGUCGAUCCCUUCACUUCUCGGACACAGAGAUUUCCCUAUUUCAGAACGAACGGAUCUCUUCUUUUCCCUUGGACGAUUGACUUUUGGUGAUCCUGAUUUUCUCUUCUUCUCCUUCUGACCUUCGUUCUGCUGGGGUUGGUUCCUCCCGUCCUCAUUAAGCCUCCGGCUGGUUGACCUGGUCGAGCCUUGGAACUUUGCUUCCGUGAAGUCUACUGUGCCUGUGUGGGUGGAGCUUGGGUUCUUGAGCUUUGAUGUAUUGGAAAGGAAAAUCAGAUUGGAUUCGGUGAUUUGUGUUCACAUGAAAUUGCUUUACCUUCUUAGGUUGCGACCAGCCGCAAUUUCUUUUAUGGCGGCCGAUGGACCCACUUUUGUUAUUGUUUGCGGGAAAACAAAUUCUUCCGGCAUUGGAAACUCUUUUUUUCUUUAUUUAUUUCUGACGAGAGCAUUUUAAAAUUCCCCUGUGAGUCACGUUUUUAUUUGACAUUUUCGUUCUUUUCCUUUUUUAUUCCACCUCACCGUGGGUGUUAGGUAGCAUAGAAACCCAGCAAGUAGGUUUCCUGGGGAGUGGGACUAUCUGUGUUAUCUGUGUUAUCUGUGCUGGGGGAUUCGUUGACUUCCACAGUCAUCUGCAUGAGGCUCUCUAAACUUGGUUCCCUGUUGAUGGGUAGAAAGCAUUUUCUACGGAAGGGGAAGGGCGUUAGAUCCGGUUGACCGAAUAGUCAUAUUUCUUGACGCUGGGAAUUAUUAUGCUUUAUGUAUACAUAUAUAUACAGAUAUAUUCUGCAUUAAUGAGUCUCCAUCUAAUAAAGUAGGUACUUUUGGUUAUUUUUCUGACGCUUCCACCAUGGAAGGACUUUAGAUCGCGUUGACCGAAUAAUCAUAUUUCUCGACGCUGGGAAUUACUGUGCUUUUGAGAUUUAUUUUUUCUGCAUAAACGAGUCUCCAUCAUAAAGCAGCCGCUUUUGGUUAUUCUUCUGACACUUCAACCGUGGACUUUUUCUUUUCCUGGCGCUGCCUCUUCUUCUUCUCCCCUCUCCCCCCCAAGAAAUGGCAUCAAGCCAGCCACUACUCCGCUCUAUAUGCCAGACAAUAGAUAUACUUAUGGGGACAAGAACACACAAUAAUAAUGGCACUGCGGAGAUCAUCAAGUUCUUUGCUUUCUCUGGAACGGGCACUGCUUUUCCUUCCUUUAUCUUCUUGUUUGGAAUAUUUUAAUCCUUAAUGAUUCCGCUGUGUUCCCCUUUUUGUCUCUCCGUCUUCCUUGAUGAUGGUUUGGGGUUGGGAUUUCAGUGAUGCUCAUGCCUUUUUUCUUUUAAAAUUAACUGUCAAUUAUCUUUUUAUAUGUAUAGUUACUCGAGGUAUCCAUCUCAUUCGUCCUCCAUUUUUUGAUGCUUCCAGCACUGGGGAUUCUGGUUCUCUCUGGCCUCGUGUUGCUACCUGUUCUUCUUCCAGUGGCGAGGACUGACAACAACUUGGCCCUCAGUAAGAACAUAACCUUCAACGACCUCGACAAGCUUUCGAUGGGAAACAUUAAGGUACGGAUCGGAUUAUCCCCUCUCAGAACCUGGAUUGUUAUAUCAGUUUCCUGGACGGAUGAGAUAUUAUUAUUUGAAUAAUUUCCUUUUAAUAAUGGUGCAAAAAUAUCUGUCGAAUAAGGUUUUUUUCUUUGAAUUAUUAUAAAGUGGUAGCCAUGUUGAAGCUAUUUAAGAUUAAUCAUAUUGGAGUCGUAUUUCUUUAAAGGAAGAAAUUCUUCCGGAUCUCUUUCGUAAAUACUCAAGGAGAUUUUAUUUUUUUUAUCAUUCUCAGGAGAAGAGCCCAAGGUUGUGGGGAUUUCUUCUGGCGACGUACUGGGUCUCUUUCGUCACAUUCUACGUCCUGUGGAGAGCUUACAGCCACGUCUCGAAUCUGAGGGCCACCGCCAAGGCGAGCUCUGAGGUGAAGCCCCAGGACGUCGCCCUGCUGGUGAGAGACAUCCCCCCCGUCCCCAAGGGGCAGACCAGGAAAGAGCAGGUGGAUGACUACUUCAGAAACCUUCAUCCUGACACCUUCUACCGAUCGAUGGUCAUCACAGACAACACCCAGGUAUCCCUCUCUCUCUCUCUCUCUCUCUCUCUCUCUCUCGCGCUACUGGUGAAUGAUUUUUACAAGGUGUUUGUCUGUUGCAGGCGAACAAAAUCUGGGAAGAACUGGAGGGUUACAGAAAGAAGCUGGUCCGCGCCGAGGUAGUGUUCUCUGGGUCGAAGACGGCGGCCAAGCCCGAGGGGCAGAGGCCCAUGAACAGGACGGGUUUUCUUGGGCUGGUGGGGAAGAAGGUGGACACCAUCAACUUCUGCAACGAGAAGAUCAAGGAGCUGGAGCCCAAGCUGGAGGCCGAGCAGAAGGUCACCCUGAGGGAGAAGCAGCAGAAUGCGGCGGUCGUGGUGUUCAACAGCAUGUCGGCGGCGGUGGCAGCCACCCAGACCCUCCACGCCCAGCUGGUCGACACGUGGACUGUCUCCGAGGCCCCCGAGCCGCGCCAGCUGCUGUGGUACAACCUGCCGAAGAGAUUCUUUGAGCGGAAGGUGCGGUCGUUGAUCGUCUACGUGAUCGUCUUCCUGGCGGUGGUCUUCUACAUGGUCCCCAUCACCUUUAUAUCCGCCUUCACCACGCUGGCCAACCUCAAGAAGUACCUCCCCUUCAUCAAGAGCGUGGUGGACAUUCCCGCCGUGAAGAGCGUGCUGGAGGCGUACCUGCCGCAGAUCGCGCUCAUCGUGUUCAUGGCGCUGCUGCCCAAGUUCCUGCUGUUCCUCUCCAGGGCGGAGGGGAUCGCCUCGGAGAGCCACGUCGUGAGAGCCGCCUCGGGGAAGUUCUUCUACUUCAUCAUCUUCAACGUCUUCCUCGGGGUGACCAUUGGAAGCACGCUGUUCGCCUCCUUUAAGGAGAUCGAGAAGAAACCCAACUCCAUCGUGCCCUUGCUGGGGAGCAGCCUGCCCAAGAGCGCCACCUUCUUCCUCACCUUCGUCGCCCUCAAGUAACGAUCUUAUCCUCCUUUCUCUCUACUCAUUUUCAUUCAUUCGACCUUGCCCACUUUCUCUCCCUCCCUUGGUCCAUCGUAUUCUCUCUGUCUACCCAUCUGAUUCUUUUUGCUAAUUUCGAAGGAACGAAGCAAUUUUGACGGGCAUUAACUCAUCGGGUUUGAUGAGUUCUCCUGACUUUUUCUGAUGAUGAUGAUGAUCAUCUCAGGUUCUUCGUCGGAUACGGGCUUGAACUCUCCCGGGUGAUCCCUCUGAUCAUCUACCGUCUGAAGAGGAGGUUCCUCUGCAAGACGGAGGGCGAGAUCAAGCAGGCGUGGGCCCCCGGUGCCCUCGGCUACGCCACCAAGGUCCCCAACGACAUGCUCAUCGUCACCAUCGUCCUCUGCUACUCCGUCAUUGCCCCCCUCAUCAUCCCAUUCGGCGUCCUCUACUUUGGCCUCGGCUGGCUCGUCUUCCGCAACCAGGUCCGAGCUCAUAUCUCCAUCUCUCUCUCUCGCGCUCUCUCUCUCCACUGGGCUGACCAUUCUUCUCCCUCUGGGCAGGCGCUGAAGGUGUACAUCCCGGAGUACGAGAGCUACGGGAGGAUGUGGCCGCACAUCCACACGAGGAUGAUCGCGGCGCUGAUCAUCUACCAGGUGACGAUGUUCGGCUACUUCGGGGUGAAGAAGUUCGUCUACGCCCCCUUCAUGCUGCCGCUGCCGGUGCUGUCCUUCGCCUUCGCCUUCAUCUGCAAUGCCCGCUUCUACAAGGCCUUCGAUCGCGUGCCCCUGGAGGUCGCCGCCAGCCACAAGGCCAAGCAGACGCCUAACCUGGAGGCCCUCUUCUCCGCCUACAUCCCCCCCUGCUUGAACUCGGGCGACAAGUUCGACGACGCAGACCAGUUCGAGGAUGCCCGAUCGCAGCCCGCCUCGCGGACGACGUCCUUCGCCUGA